CGGGAAAGAAAAUAACCCGAUUUAUCCGGGACGGGCACGCAAUUUUCCGUUUUGAGGAAUUAAUGAAAAAAGUAGGCCGUUAUAUAAAAGGGUGCUCGCAGCAAAUAGAGAUCACGUUUAAAUACAUUGAUAUUUUUAUUUUUUUUCAUUCGAGUUAUAAAAAAAAAUUGAAAUGACAGUUACAAACGAUCGCGUAUUUAUCCUCGGCGGCACUGGCAAUAUUGGUAUCAAACUGGUUCAAGACUUGUUGGAAAAGAAGGUAGCCAUGACAUUGUAUGCUCGUACACCUAGCAAAAUUGAGUCAAUGUUUCCCAACAGUACUGAACUGAUCAACAUAGUUCAAGGUGACUUCAGUGACUUGAGCUCAUUGGAAACAGGUAUCAAGGGCCACAGUCGUCUCUUUUUAUUAGUUUCAGAUUUCAGUGACUUUGUCAACCUCAAAAAGAAUAUUGCUAAAAUCGCUUAUGAUUCAGGUGUUAAACAAAUCGUGGAUAUCUCUUCGGCCGCUGUCAACAUGGGUUGGAGAACUAGUUAUAUUGGUGCCUUGCAUUAUGGUGCUGAAAAAGCAAUGCUUGACCUUCCCGGUCGUGGAAAUUUGGUCACAUUACGUCCUGGUAGAUUUAUGACCAACAUGAUUUUGAGUUCUCGUCCUGGCCCUGAUAACAUCAUCUUUGAUACUUUCCCUAGCAACUCCUCUCUUGGUUUCAUCUCAACCAACGAUAUUGGCGCUGUUGCUGCCGUUGUAUUGAGCGAAUCUAUUGCAAAGCAUGGUGAUGCUGUCUACAGUCUCACGGGCGACACGAGUAAUGGCCAUCAAUGGGCUCAAGUUGUAUCUGAUAUUGUUGGCCGUCAAAUCAACUACCAACAGAUCAAACCUAUUCAAAAAUACAACAAGGUUAUGGAAUCCGGUCAUUUCCCCCACAUCUUUGCUAUAGAUCUUGCAACUGCUACGGAUAGUUUCCCAGACGCCAGAGUUACCCCUGAAAUCUCCAUUCUUCUUGGCCGUGAACCUGAAACCUUCAAAGAAUAUCUUAUUGCUAAUAAGGCAGCCAUUCAAGCUUAAACUUGCUUACAUUUUAGUAAUUCUAAUAAAAAAAUGCACUUUUUUUCUUCUCUUAAGUA